GCUGCCGCCAUCGUGUGAGAGGUUGGGUGGAGAAGUUCUGAACUCAGUGCUGGAGAUUGGAGAAGAGAGGAGUUCGCAAGAAUGAAUGGGCUGGUCUGUGGGGCUUCUGGCCUUGUUACCCUCGGCGGACUUGCAGCUAUUUUAGAAACUCUCAUCUCUCCAUGGUCUUCGAACCAGUGACGUGUUGACUCUCCCCCUCUCGGAGUGGUCAAACACUUGUGACGGAUGGCUUAUUAAUCUAUGGACCUGGGCAUUCCUUCCCUGUCUGGAGAGGCUUGUUUGAGCCAAUCAGGUUUGCCUGAAAAGACAGAGGAAAGGAUGGAAACAAAGCCCCUGCCUGUGACUCAGAGCACAGUGAAGACAUCAGAUUGGCCUCGGCAGUUUUAGAGGGGAAUUUGUGGUUGCUGCAUCUUUGUUGGUCAUCGGGAUAUGGAUCUAAAAAACACUGAACUAUCUGGACAAAAUCUAGAAAAGAUGGAGCAGGAUCUGGAGUUUGGAAGUCUUUGAAGAGAAGUUUAUUAAGGUUAUCGAUAUGGAUACAUUAAGAAACCACAAAAAUCCAUGGGUGCUGUAUGAGAUGGAAGUGCCACACAGCAGAUUUUGUGAUCCAGCCUGUGGAGUCAGUCCUGCAGAGAAACUGAGCCCCGAGCACCUGCAACUCCUGAGAAAUGCAUUUACCUGUCCAAAAGCUGAAAUACAGAUGCACAAAAACAGGUCGGAUAGAAGAAGUGGAAGGAACAGAGGAGGAAAUAAAGAGCGUGGAAUAAAGUUUGAGGAGUUUCGGGAGGUUCUGAGGUCUGUGAUUGGUCCAGAUAUUGAGGACAUAUGGGUUGAGAGAUUCUUCAGUGAGGUAGAUAUCAGUUGCACGGGGCAGGUGAAGUGGCAGCAGCUGUGUUCCUACCUGCUUCUGGAGUACACAGAGAGAGAGAGAGCCUCCAUCCCCAGAGCAGCUCUGCUGGACUCCCAACCGCAGAUCAAACACUGCUCUCAAAACAAGCGGGAACCUACAGUGCGUGUGGUUGCUGUUUCCCAUCCUCCUCCACUCCGCUAUAUUAGUGUCAGUAAAGGGGGUCAGAUCGCUGUCUGGAACAGCAGCCUACACAUCCUCAAAAGUCUAGGGCUUGCCGGAGACCCAACAGAGGAAGUGGCCAACACGAGGAGAUUCAGAGGCUGGACCACUGAUGCUGUCUAUAUGGGCAAUGUCCACAAGGUCGCCAUAGCAACGGACUGCAGGGACUUGCACUUUGUCAAUGUCUACACAGCCAGUGUAUUUGAAGAUGUCCAUCUGUUUGGGUUUCGUAGUGUCCCGACUGCACUUUGUUACUGGCAUGACGUUCAGUGUCCAGAGCAGCCCUCUCUGCUGCUACUGGGGGAUGAAAAAGGAGGAGUCCACCUCAUGUGGUUCCUGAACCCGUCUAAAGGUCUGUUCAAGAAUCUGUCCAAGAAAGAGAACGGGCCACAGAGGAUCUUUUUCCCAGACCUGGGUGAACACAGAAACAUGGUCUCCUACCGUCACAUCCCCAACAUCCACCAGGAACCAAUCAACAGAGUGAUGUUUGACCCCGGCACCAACGUCAUCAUGACGUCAUCAGAAAGUGACGCCACCUCUGUGGUCUUCAUUAAUGUGACACUGAAGCAGGAGCCUUAUGUUUGGAAAUUUAAGCAGGGAGCUAAAUGUUUUGACUAUAAUGCAUCUCUGCAGCUGAUGGUCACAGGAGGUUGUGACCGAGUAGUCCGACUGUGGACUCGAUUUGUGACCACACGUCCUGUGGCUACACUGCUGGGUCAUCUCACCACUGUGUUGGAUGUUGCAAUCUAUCAACCUGUUGGGCAAAUUUUCAGCUACUCCAGAGAUGCUGAGCUGAGGGUUUGGGACAUUUCCAGCCAUCACUGUCUGAAAACCGUCUGCCUGCAGUUCCCCUGCCAGCAGCCGGGUCGAAUCCCAGAACACGGCAACUUCCCCCUCCUGUUGGUGAGCCCUCCUCUUUCUGAGCCGUCUCACCUAGUGGUGGGAUGCAAAGAUUACCUGGCGCUGCUCAGUCUGGCUGAAACAAGAAGAGGAGGGGGCGGAUUGCUGACGGAUGAAGGGAGGGAACCUGAACCAAAUAUUGGAAGUGGUCCUGCCCUUUCCUGCGCUCUGUACAACUCUGCUCUGAGACAGGUGGUGACUGGACACGCAGACUCAUCUGUGUCUCUGUGGGACAUAGAGUCAGGGAGGAGGCGGCUUCAGAUCUUGAAUGCACAUGGAGAAGAAGAACUCACCUGCAUGGCCCUAGACUCCUCCCACAGAAGACUGAUCACUGGGGCUCGCAAUGGCACUAUAAAGGUGUGGAACUUACUUAACGGCCUAAACUUGCACAAGCUGGAGCCUGUCACCAACUCUGAAGUCACCGGGUUGACCUGUCUCCAUGACAACCAGCUGCUGGCCGUGGGUUGGAGCCAGCGGAUCGCUCAGUACGACAUUGCAGCUGCCAAGGAUUUGUAUGUGAGAGCAGACAUGUCGUGGAAGUCCAGCAGUGUCCACAAAUCAGACAUCCUGGCUGUGUGUCAGUGCUCUGCCCUGGGGGUUGUUGCCACAGCGAGCCAUGAUGGAGAGGUCAUCAUCUGGAGGCUGGAGACACAGGGACCAGUGCUCCACCUGCACGGGCCGACACAGAGAGGAGUGGUGCCCCCUGUGGACAGCCUCUUGUUUCUGCAGCACCGAGCUAGCAUCAGAAAGCUGAGAAACAGAGGUGUCCUAGUGUCAUCGCAGGUCGGCUGUCUCUGCUUUUGGAGCAUCACCGGACAGACCCACAUUUAUGGCCAAUUCUAUGCUCCAGAGCAGCCAGGUGAGCGUGUGUUGAGCCUGAGCUCAGACCAGCCUAAAAACACCAUCCUGGUCUCUGGAGACACAACAGGCUGGCUUCAGAUCUGGGACAUCUGUCACUUUGCACUGGACAUCCAACACGAGCCCGUUUGUGAGCGGCCUCCUCUGCUGCAGUGUUGGAAGGCUCAUGAGAGAGCGUUAGUGAGCGUGGAAGUCCUCGAAGUGGCUGACAGAUUGUUCGUCCUCACAGCCUCAGCUGACGGAUCUGCUGGACUAUGGACUGUGGACGGAGAUCAUGUGGGUUCUUUUGGGCAGGAAGUGAUGUGGAAUAUCACUGAGCCAGCUACGUACCAGAGGAAGACACGGAAGAAUCUGACAGAAGACAAGGAGGAGGGGAAUGAAAGCGACGAAAUGGGACUCAGCAAGGUCAAAAGUCAAGUACCUGGGGGUCAAACUUCACAGGAAAAAUGCUGUUCUGAAGGAGAUGCCUCCUCCACUGAGGAUUUACCCACAAUCCCCUGGGUGCGGUAUCAGAGUUUGACUGGCAGCAAAAGGCUCAGCUCACAACAUCUGGAAGAAAAAUUUAACAUGACGGAGUCCAUGGAAGGUGACCCACGGCGUCCGUAAAUAAAAAAGGGUAAUUCUAAGGUAACAAAAAGAUGAUUUUCAGUUGAUUAUACACUAAUAAAAACAUAGUUAUGCAUAUUCCAUUUCCGCCUGUAGAUUCUCCUGAAUGUUAUACACUGGACCUUUUAAAAUCAAUUUCAGCAUGUUCCCCUUGUAUUUGUGAGCAGCUUCAUAUUACCCUGAUUGUUGAGGUUCUUUUAUCAGCAUUGUGUAAUGCCCUGAUAUUUGAGACUUCUAGGUCAUUCAGCGUCAGUCAGACAGACAUCUGAGCCAUCUCACCCAUUCAUCUCAACGCAACCCACCCUGUACUUAUCAUCGCAGGUCUGCUGAAUUGUACAAAUAGGUGACGCAAGACUCAAUCCCCCAUUUUUUGCUUGUUUUCGUUCCAUAUUCGAUGUUGCCCGCUCAUCCUUAAAAAAAAACAGGUUAUUUUAAGCACCGGUCUGGAUGUUUUAGCGGGGGAGGAAGAGAGAGCAGAGCCCUUUCUCGAGUUUGUGUCUCAGGGAUAAAUACAAACAGACACAGCUGGGACAAACAGGGCAAGUCAUCUACUCUGCACUUUUGCUCCCUCGGGCAUCUGUAAGUCAACACAGCAUUACUGAGAUCCACCAAAUGUGUUGUGUUGUCAGAAAUAUUAUCUGUGUACUGAUGAGCACAGAUGGUUUGAUAUUAAGUGAUACCAUUUUCAACCAAAGGCACACAUAUUUACCUUUUUUGUGCAGUGGAAUAAAAACUAAAUCACAUAUUCAUGCAUUUCUCAGUCUGUUGUCCCUGAGGGGCUACGGUGGGACCUUUUUUUAGUUGUGGGAUAUUUCGCCUUAAAAAUCUGUUUGAAAAUACAUUUUCAAGAGACCAUGUACAAGUGACAGAUACUUAAAAUGGAAAGCUCAUUCAGAUGUGAAAAAUGUGGCUCCCGCUUGUCUAAGAGCAGAUAUUUUUUACAGCAUGCAUUUGGGUCAAAACAACAACAAAAGCGUCUUGUUUUGUUUUUGUAGCUGUGGUCCUCAGAAAGACCUUACAGGAGGCAGUCACCCACUUAGCCUGUUUGUGUGUGUGUGUGUGUGUGUGUGUGUGUGUGUGUGUGUGUGUGUGUGUGUGUGUGUGUGUGUGUGUGUGUGUGUGUGUGUGUGGAGGCAAAACAGAGGCUCAGCUACAAUCUGGCUAAAUGGCAGGUUAAAGCUUCCUUUCACUAAUUUCCAACAUCAGCAAAGACUUCUCUCAGCCUGUUUUCUCUUCAGAGAGGAUAAAACACCCUGGAGACAACAACUCUCAGACAUUAACUUCCACACACAUAUACACAAACACACACCCAAACACACGACAGAUGUUCCAAAAUACCACAGUAACAACAGCGCAGAUGCAGGCUGGGAAAUGCCCUCUGAGAUCUUCAUUGCUUCAGUAUAAAGCUGCUUAGGGCUUUCAGAGCCGAAAUGGGCAACAAGCUGCGAUCGUAAUUCAUACUCUGUUUUCACGGGAAUAAGAGAGAAAAGAAAAAGGUGGCCUGUGAACAAGGGGAGGUGUUAUUUUUUCCCUGCGUGUUUCCUCAUUUGAAGUUGUGCAAGAACUUGUAUUUUUUUCCAGCACUGCCUUCUCUGAACGUGCGUCUCUCCAUAGAUCAGCGUGACAGGGAGAAAGUGAGGGAUUCAUGUGUGGGAACUGCAGCAGGAAGGAAAGUGCAGCUGGGAAUUUUUUGCCCGGAGCGAAACAGACUUGAGGUCUGUGGCGAGAAAAAAGCAGAGAAAGAGAGAAAGGAAAGGGAAAGAGCAGAGGUAGAAAACGAGGUGACAAAGGAGCAAAGAGGACGAAAGUUUGAAGCAGGGAUGACAUGAAGCGUGGGAUGGGAGAAGGAGAGGAGGUUUGGUGAGAUGAAGGAGGAGUGAAAGUGGACUUUUCUUAAUGAGGUGGAACAAGGAGGAGACUAGAAGAUGACUGAGGGAAUUGAAUCUUGUCUCCACGCCUUCUUGUGAAAAAAGGGAUGUCAAGGCAAGUCACACACCACUCGCACACACACACACACACACCUGUAAAUCUACACAUACACAGUCACAGUCUUCCUGCCAAUCUUAUACCUUCUGCUUUAAGAGAGUGUUUUCUGCACCCUCAUUGCGCUCACUCUCAAUCUACUAAACAGUCAGUUGAUAAUUGUGUACUUACUUGCACAUACACACCCACAGUGUACACACACACCCUCUCUCUCUCUCUCUCUCUCGCUCUCUAUCUCUUUCUCAAACACACACUCUCUCGCGCUCU